GAAAGUCUUUUUAGUUUUUGUUGACAAUUUAUAUCGUGAUCGAAAAAUAUGAUAAUGGAUGUGGCUCUAGGAUAUUAACCCUCGUAAAAUGUAGAAUCAAUUUGUUAUUCCAGUUUUUAGCGAAUUUCCUUAUUUGUACUGCGAUAGAACAGAACACAUCUCUCUACACCAGUGCUUCAAUCUUGCGGCCAUAGUAAGGACUACGUGAUGUUUUGUUCAAUAAUGUUUUCUAGUUCUAAGAGAUGGAGCUGCCUAGUGCCAAAGAUUGAAAUACUAACUGGUUCCCGAGUUGGUUGCUAUGUUGUGAAAGAUUGAAGAAUUGAGGCCAAUAUUGUAAGUUAAAAAAAAAAAAUAAUAAAUAAAACAAAAUGGUGACAGAAAGCAAAGAGAAAAAGACAUUUAUCCUCCCUAAGUGGGAGGAAUAUGUGGUCUCUAAAAUGAACCAACUAUACAACAAGUCAGAAUUGUGUGACGUCACUUUGAAGUUUCCUAAUGAUACCACUAUCAUUCAGGCUCAUAAAGUGAUUUUAAAAGCGUGUAGUGGCUUUUUUGAUGUAUUACCUCCUGCCUCUGGCGCAGUUGUCCUGCACAUGCCCAAGAACAUCAAACCUGCACACGUUAGAGCACUAAUAGACUGCAUGUACACUGGUAAACUUGAGUAUGUAGCUGGAGAGAAGAGUCGUCUUUGUUUGGUAGCCAAACAGCUGGGAAUGAAUUACAUUAUUGAAAUACUGCAAAAGCAGUCAGCGUCCGUGCCAAGUUCACAACUACACAACGUCGCACACCCUACCAUAAAGAGAUACAUAUCGAAGCAACACCAAGCAACUCCGACUGGUGGUGAGGUGUCUGAAACGUCUCCAUCACACUCUCCCUCUAUCUCCCCCACUCCCACCUCGUCCAGUCAAACAUCUACCCCUACUUCAUCUAUCCUGCCAGGGAAAAAAUUGCCGAUAUGGAAACAGAGGACAACUAUUAACAUACCAGAGGAAUUUUGCCGAUCUGUAACUAGGAAGCCGCUGCCGCCACCCCCUGUACAUGUGGAACCGAAGCCAUCGAGGUUCGAGUUGUGCGAUGAGGAGGGAAUUCCUGAUUUUACCGAAACUUUUGAAAACCUCUCGUAUGAAUCUCAGGUCAUCAUAACUCCUUGUGAAGAACCCAAGCCUGUAGUCUCAGUAGACUCAGUUGAAAGAAUGCCCACAAUGUCUACGCUUGGCAAGCGAGCUCGAGCGUCAGAAGUAAUCCGAGGAUCAACAGAAGAAGAUGACUACGACGAUGGCCACUUUGAGUCUAUUCAUGACAUUGAUGAUGAUGGUGAUGAAGAGGAUUCGAUCGCUGCUGGCAGCUUGAAACCUACAACCCCACCGCCGAAGCCCAUCUUAAAAACCUUUUCUUCUCCCUCCCCAAGCAAGAAAGUCAGAUUUGCAGUAUCUUCUGAAACAAAGACUGUUGCAACACCAUCCAAUCCUCAACCUGUAAAUCAUUCUCACUCUGCCUCUAUUUCUAUACCUGUCACUACUCCCACCUCUCUCCCCAUUUCCUCUUCUCAAACCACAACCACCUCUCUUACAACCAACACCUCCCCCACUACUUCCACCACUCCCGCCUCUCCUCCCACUUCCACUCCUUCCGUCAUACAAAAGAUUUCAUCGCCAGCCUCCGCCUCCACAGCAGCAGCUGUCUCUACACCGGCAACCCCUCAAAGCUUGGGCGGUGCCUACAAUCAUGCCAAUAUCAUCAAUACAGUAUUGAAGAAAUUUCCUGACUUGAUGAAAAAUAAGAAUAUCAAGUUGAAAAUUCAAGGGAGCAGUCCUGUUGGUUUCUCCUCUUCCACCAACUCUUUAGAUAAAGAUGGAAAAAGUAAGAAGAAAGUUCAGUACUUAGUCUUGAAAUCAGACUUGAACAAUCUAAAAAAAGAAGUAAAAGAGCCCUCGAACGGAGCGGAAAAUACUACUGGUCCUUGGUCAUGUAUAACUUGUGCGACUGAAGAUGGACCUUUAAAAUUUGAAACGUACUACAACUACAGGAGACAUCUGCAAGAGAUACACAACGAGCGAAUAGAUGCGAGGAUUUGUGAAUAUUGUGGGCACAAAGCGAGCAAACGAAAUCUUCACCUUUAUCAUCUCUACACCAAGCAUAACAUUGCUCCUCCAAGAAAUAUUCAUUUUCCCAAGUGUGACCAAUGUAAUUACAUCGCUCUCAGUGAAAGUUUGCUUAUUAAACAUCGAAGCAACCAUACUGGAAUGAUAACUAAGGAAUUCAUUUGUCGACUUUGCAACGCUGCAUUCAAAAGUCAUGGAGCUUUAAUGGGACACAUGCAGACCAAUCUCCACCAAACUGAUCAAGCGGCUAAAAAAGACUAUGAAUGCGAGUACUGUGGUAAAAUAUUUAACAGGAAUAUCAACUUGAAAGCUCACAUUCGAUCCUCCCAUCAAGAAGAAAGUAUUAGAAAAAUGUAUGACGAUGAAGACAAAGCGGAAGACUCACCAGAAGUUGAAAACCCUUCCCAAGAAAAAAAGGGAGAUCAAACUAUGGACGUUAUAGAAGUGCCAGUGUUUGAUUCAGUCUCAGGCCAAAAUCAGACAAUCUACCUUCCUCAAGGAAUGACUAUCCUGACAGAAAAUCCCUCUGUGCCAUUGAUGCCAUCAUCUGAAUCAGAAGCUAUGAACAAUGUGGCUACAGGAAUAGCAACAUCCAUUAACAUUACAGACAGAAACAUGCCCAAUGAUGUUCUCGUAAUCGAUGGAGGUUCAACAGAAUUAAUCCUAAGAGGCGCUCCUACAGCUUAUGUAAUGAACCCUGAUGGCACCUAUUCUCUCCAAGAAUAUAUUGUUCCAGAAAUAAUGGCAGAUUCAGGUCAAGUUUACACCACGGCUCUUGUCAGUUCUGCGCCGUCAACAGGAAUAACUUAUGUUAACAGUGACAACAUUUCUAUAAUAUCCCCCUCAGACCACACUUACGCGGAUGGGAUGAAAGUGAAUGGGCACGUUGCCACUGGAACACCAGUGACAAUAGUCUCUUCAGUCGACGCCACAUCCAAUGUACAAACAGUUACUCAAGCAAACCAAUCGAUCAUCGUGCAAGAACCAAUUCUUGUAAAUGCGGAUUGGAUGCAGAAAAUUAGCUCUCAAAACGAGACCAUUCAGCUAAGUCAAACCCAGACUCAGAAUAUGAUUUCUCAACCAAUGCUCCAGAAGGUAGAAAUUAUUUCUUCUCAGCCGAUAAGUCAGAGCCAGAAGAUAGAGAUUAUUUCUCAGUCGGUUAGCCAGAAAGAUUCUCUAAGUCAGAUCUCCCAGCCUCUUCUACAAAUCAGUAGCGACCAUCAGACUGAAAGUGAAAGUUCGACCAAAACAGCACAGACCCUUGUGAGUGAUUGGGCAGAUCUGGACGAGGAUCAUAAUGAAGAGAGUGAAGAUAUUGAGGAUGAAUCAGAAAAGAAACCAAGUAGACCGACUAUAGAACUGGAACCAAACAAUGAUGAAAUAGGUAUGUGAUAUAGGUGGUAAACUUUUGUGUUUACUUUAGACUGACUUUUAUGUUGAAGCUUUAUUUUUCUGCGUCAAAGUAAUUUUUUACAUACAUUCCCUCAUAGAUUAUAUAUUUCAUAUAUUAUCAUA